UUAAAAUGGUGCGUUCGUGCGUCUAUCCGGGAUGCUUUAAUUUGAAUAAAGUAGUAAGGUUGCGCGCGUCCUCGUCAACAGGAGACGAAAAAUUAACAUUUCACAGAUUCCCUCUAAAUGACCCGGAGCGCUUGACGCAAUGGCUGCUCGCUAUUCGCUGGGAUGUAAACACACCGUGGAAAAAAAUCGACGGCUCCAGGUUGUGCAGUGAACAUUUCACUCCAGGGGAUUACAAGCCAGACGAGGGACAGAUCAGGCGCCUAUUGAAAUCGUCCGCUGUGCCUGUUUCUGUUCAGGGGUUUGAGCCAAACGAGGUUUGCGUUGAGCUCAAUGCGAAUGCGGAGACUGAGAUUGACCCAGACACCCAAUCAGUUGAUGACAGCUUUGAUUUUGAAAAUGAAGAGGCCUAUUUUGAUGAUGAUGAUGAGGAUGAUUUUCAGACAACUUUAGUAAGGCAAAAGAAUCCCAGAUCGUGCCCUGGUGAACGUCUUCAGUCCAGACUCAUUUUAACCGUUACAAAUCCAUCUACCGAACCAUCUACACCUCCAUCUGUAUUUGGCACCUAUUAUGCUCUUUCUCCCACGUGGUACUACCAAAUGGAUGAUCCUUCAAAGGUUGGGCUACACAUGGAAGAACCGUUCAGUGAAAACGUCAACAUGGAUUUUGUUGCUAAUAAAGAAGCUGGUGGCUUUUUGACCAAUGAGCUUUCUAAAGGACAUUCACAUGUGUGUCGGAGAAGCAGACCAGAAAAGACGAACCCAUCAAGCCAGGAUAGAGGAUUUAAAAGGAGUGUACUGGAAUCGCCAGAGGAUGCCACGGAUUCAGAGAACGAGGACAAAGAGAUCAACACAGAAGAAAAUGCACAGUGUUCAGAAGAGCUUGUGAUCACUAAAGUCGAGGACCUCUCAAAUGAGAGUGAAUUUGAUCAGAAUGAGAAUUACAGUGGGAAAAUGGACACGGAUGAACCAGAAGAUUCAGAAGCACUGAGGGCCAAAGGCCUUAAAAGCAGACCUUCACAUUCAUCUGCCGUCACGCAAACACAGGCUGCUGAUAAAAGAUUUGCAGCAUUCGACCCCUCUGACGUUUUACCUGUGAAGAUCAAGGAUGAACCGAUGGAUGAAGAGUGGAAGAAAACACCUCAAAGUCCACUGAGAAACAUUAAGGAUGACGAGGAUUUUGACCAACAGAGGCUUGGAUCGUAUCAUCAGGUGUCUGGUGUAAAUAAUGCAUCCACUGGAGCACAAACGGAGUCCAUUCAGAAUUUCAAGCGACUUGGCGUUCUGUGCACAGCCUGUAAUAAGGUGUUGCUGAAGGGACAAACGGCGUUCCAGCGCAGUGGCUCUGCUAAAAUUUACUGCUCGCUUGAAUGUCUCCGGAGCACCAAGAAUAAAGCAUGUCACCACUGUCUCAAAGAGAUUCAUGAAGACAGCAGCAUUAUAGUUGCCCCAGUGGACAUGUCAGGGGCUGGGAAGGAGUUUUGCAGUCAGAAAUGCCGCAACGCUUUAACUUUCAAGUGGAGUGUGUGUCAGAAGGGAGGAAUAAGACACGUUCAUGAGGUGAACUUCAGGGGCUCCAUUCAAAAGCUGUGCAGCGACGGCUGCUUCAACCAGUUCCGCUCUUCCAAUAAGCUGAACAUGAACAGCUGUGUGAACUGUGGAGGAUUCUGCUACGGCACAGACGCUCAGUGUCCAUCUCUGCGGAUGGAGGACAGAGUUAUGAAGUUCUGCAGCCAAACAUGCCUUACAGCUUACAAAAAGAGGAGCCUGAAACUUGUCACCUGUAAGACGUGUCAUGCCCUGAGGCCUGCAGAAGAUGCGCUGGACAGUCCAAACGCAGAGGGAAUCCGGGAGCUUUUCUGCUCUGUCUCCUGUGUCACUGCGAGUAAAGAUCAGACUGUCGGUUUGUCAGCUGCUCCAGUGGAAUGCAACAACUGCAAGAUGAAAUUAGUGCCUCAGUACCACAUAGCCAUGUCUGAAGGAUCCGUUCAAAACUUCUGCACGUUUUCCUGCGUAGUAGCAUAUCAGGAGUCCUUGAAUAAUAAAAAAGCUAACACACAGGUGAACACCGUGACCUCUACAAGCAGCAACACAACUACAGCAAAAGCUGCUCCCACCAAACCUGCUUCAUCAGACUCCAGCUCAUCAGCCAAGACUAGCACCCCUAGUGGUCAAGGCCAAAGCGUCACUAAAAUCCCCUGCUGUCAAUGUCUGAAUGCCUUCUUCCACAAGCCAGAACUGAUGGAGUAUAAGAGGAAAAUGUAUGCAUUCUGCGGUAACGAUUGCAUCGAUGAGUUCAGAAAGGUCAACCGUGUGGUGGCUCGCUGUGAAAACUGCAACCUCAAUAAAAGAGUCAAAGUCGUGAGAAGGAUAAACAGAGUUGACCGUUCCUUCUGCGAUGAGAAAUGCAGGUCACUCUUCGAGCAAAACCUGGUGAAGCGUUGGGGGACGAAACACUGUAGCAACUGUUUCCACUGUAACAGCACUUCUAAGACUGUAGUGACAGAAGUCUUUAAUGGCAAGCAGGAGGAGUUCUGUGGGAGCGAUUGCUUGUCACAACAUAAUUUACUGAUCCGUCAGGAAAUAAAGUGCUCAAUGUGCAGGCAGAUCAAGAAGAUGAACGAGUCUGUGAAAUGGCUGGGAGAGAUGAAGCACUUCUGCAGCCUGCGGUGCCUGAUGUUUUUCUGCAGUCUGCAGGGCAUCACUGGAGCCGUCAUCAAGGCAACAAGCAAAUCUCUGACCACACAGUGUGCAAAGCCAAUGUCAUCUGCAGUCCAGCAAAACACUAAAGAGGCCACGCCGGUCAUUGCCAGUGUCGUUUCACUUUCAGGAGCAUCCAGCAAACAGCCAGGCGUUUCAGGAAACACAAACACGAAAGGCUCUGUUCAAGCAGAUGUGACCGUAAAACAUAAACGUGAUCUGAGAUCCCAGAUCCUAAAGAACAAAUCCCCAAGCAAAAACAAAUCCACAACCUGUAAACCCCACACCGCUGAUGCUGGGAUACAGAUAGAUGAGACACCGAAAGUGAUAGUGCUGCCUGUUCCGGUGCCAGUCUAUGUGCCGGUUCCCAUGAAUCUCUACUCUCAAUAUGUUCCAAAGUCUGUUGGGAUGCCCCUUCCGGUACCAGUACCCUUGUUCUUCCCCACGACUCUGGACAGCGCCGAACACAUUGUACAGACCAUUCAGGAAAUCAAAGAGAAGAUCCCUGAUGAUCCUCUGGAGGCCGACCUCAUCAUGAUGGCGGAGAUGGUGGCGGAGGAUGCAGAGAAGGAGAAACACAUCAGCUCCUGUGAUCAGACUGAUAACAUUAUGGAGGAUCUCGAUUUGCAAGAUCUUUCCAGUAAUCUGAGCUGGGAGGAGGAUCCUGUGUCUCCUGCUCAAAUUUUGGAUCAAACCCCAGAGCCUGAGCCACCACCACCACCUCCUGCUCCUGCUUCUACUCCUACUCCUACUUUAGCUCCUGCUCCUGCGCCAUCAUCCAGAUCUGCCACAAUGACACUUGUCUCCACCAAAGCAGGGGAGCCACUGAUGGACUUGGAGGCAGAUUUCCCAAUUGAGACCAUUGCGCUUCUCCGAGAGCAAAUGGAAAAUGAUUCUGGAAAACGGAGAUCUUGCAAGAAAGUACCUGAUGGCUUAUCUCAGAAGAAACGGGGUCGUAAGUGUGCAUCCGUUCCUUCAAACAUCCUCUCCAAACUUCAACACGAGUACGGCGUCAAGGCCUGGAGGGACUGGGUGCGCUGGAGAAACGCCCAACCCAACAUGGAUGCUCCCAAAUUUGGCUCGCGCAGUAUGACACUAAAGGAGGACGUGUUGAAGUGUUGCACGGCAGAAUUAAGCUACGGUCUCUGUAAGUUCAUUACUGAUGUCCGCCGACCCAAUGGAGAGAAAUACAGUCCUGACAGCAUCUAUUACCUCUGCUUGGGCAUCCAGCAGUACCUGUUUGAGAACAAUAGGAUGGAGAACAUUUUCUCAGACGUUUUCUACACUAAAUUCUGCUGCGAAAUGAGCAACGUACUCAAGGGGUGGAAACCAACUAUUCUGCCUAGUGGUUAUGUUCACUCUCGUGUGGAAGAGGAGUAUCUGUGGAACUGUAAGCAGCUCGGGGCCUUUUCACCCGGCGUUCUGCUUAACACUUUAAUCUAUUUCUUCACAAAGUACUUCAACUACAGGACCGUGGAGCAGCACCGUCUCCUCUCUUUCGCUCACGUCAAACGUUACACUCGUGGGCCAGCCAAUAGUAAAGUGUCCUUUCUGCGUUUCUACCCACCAAAAGAAGACACAAGUGAUGAUGGCGUCCCUGUAAAGAAAAGAAAGAAGGACGAUGAAAGGCAAAGGGUGCUGAAGAUAGGGCAGAAUUCAGAUAAUCCUCUCCAUUGUCCCGUCAGGCUUUACGAAUUUUAUCUCUCCAAAUGCUCGCCAGGCAUUAGGCAUCACGCGACCAAGUUUUACCUUAGCCCCGAGCGCUCCUGUGUUCCCAGCAGCCCUACGUGGUUCUCCAUCAGUGCUCUGAGCGACGAGGCUCUGGACAGCAUGUUAUCCCGCAUCCUCACAGUCAGAGAGCUUCAUAUGGAGACAGAGCAAACAACCGCUGACACCGAUUCAGACAGCGACUCUGACUACAAUCAGUUUUAAGACCACAAAACAGAGCACGUCCUCUGAAGUUGUUCUGGAAAGCAAGCGGUUUGUUAUUGUGUCCGUUGUCGUUCAUUCUGUUAUAUAUUACUGGCUCUAGAUACCAAUAUGUCUUGUUCCCCGACAUCUUUCAUUUUUUCAAAGUUUCUCCCGGAUGUCCAGGAUGCUUGAACUCCUCCAGUAGUGGAAGCUGAUCACUCAUUAAACACCAGUGGGAUUAUUGUAAGUCACCACAUUAUGUAUUCUAUCGAUACAUUAAAGACAUUGGCAGCAUCAUUCCAAAAAAACACUAUUUUGACAUUUGCUGUUCUUCAUCGCAAACCAUGUUAGUAUGUAUUGAAUGAAUGUUCCUGAAAUUAUGGAUGUUUUUGUUUUUUUAUGGAUGAUAAAAACACUACGAAACUAA